AUGCGCAAGACGCUCAGAAGGUCGUGCGAUGCCUGUGCAAGGUCAAAAUUGAGCUGCGAUCUUCGUUCGCCACAAUGCUCGCGAUGCAUCAAAAGGAAAACUGCCUGCGUCUACGCGAACCAGCCGCUGACUUCCGCGCCCACCAAAGAGACUGCAACAUCUUCCUCUGAACAUGAUAUUGCAGCGUUAUGGCUUUCGAAGAGUCCAAUGGCGUUGCCCGUCAGUCCCGGCCCUCAAUCUUUUGACCCUUUCGAUUCAUACCCGAAGACAAGGCUUCCACGAGUACACGUUCAACGACUUAUCCAGCAUUGCAAUAUCGCCUUUCAGUACUACCCGCUAGAUCUUAACACUGCAUCAAACCCAUUCGUGGUAUCAUGGUGGCCUCUAGCCCUCGCAGAUCCUGCUCUUUUCCAUGUCUCCCUUCAAACUGCAUCUCUGGACGUAGAUUUACGUGCUCAGAAGGGGUUCACGAACUCGGAAAUUCUGAUGGCGGAUUCCGUGUCAUUAGUACGGAAAAGAGUCGAGGAUCCAGUGUUAGCAUUCCAAAAUGAGACUAUGGAUUCUGUAGUCACACUGGCCGCUAUUGAGUUCGGCAAAGGAAAUACGGCUCUCGGCACGAUGCACAUUGAUGGCGUCAAACGCAUGGUCCAAAUGAGAGGAGGCAUAUACCAGGUGAAGCUGACGAGUCCUCUUACAGCGAGAAUGGUCUCUUGGGUGUCUUUGGUCGUCAUGCAGUCACCUCAGUUCCCGACACAAGACGAAUCAGGUGUUGGAGACGGAAUAGCUCCCAUCCCACAAUGGCAGGAAGCAGUAAUAGGCAUGCAUAAUCCCAUUCCACCUAACCUUGCCAAGCUCGACCUGGAUCCUGCAAUCAGCGACGUCUUGGUUCGUCUUCGGAAUCUCUUUCACGAGCCCUUACGUUUCGAUCUAUCGAGCACUGAUCUCCAUGAUUUGGCCUGCUUUGUCCUACACAGACUGCUAUCUCGGCCUACACGAUCAACGAUCAAUGAUAUUUCGCAAGCAUCGGCGAUAUCUGAAUGCAUUCGCUACGGGUUGGUGCUUUACAUGUUUCUCAUCCACGGACCGACGUAUUUUUCACACGCGCAACUUCAGUAUAAUGCGACCGUACAGCUAAGAACCUACCUCGAGAACAUGAUAGCGUCGCUGCUACCCAAUUCUGGCUCACUCACUCUUUGGCUACUCUCGAUCGGCAUAGUGGCCUCUAAUGGUACUGCAGAGAGUCACUGGUUCACAACCCAGUCCGCAACAGUUUCAGAAACACCCGGUCUGUCUAACUGGGAAGAUGUUCGGAUUCAUCUUAAGGAGAUACUUUGGUUCAAUUCGCAUCAGGUGGAAUACCAAUUCCGGCAACGAUGGGAGGAGCUUUUCAGGAUCACCGCAGUAUGACCACAACAUAAUCUCGUACCCUCCACAGCACAUUUGACCCACGGAGUCCCACAUUUGAACAGUCAUCGGAAUAAGAUGGCAAUUCCACUCAUCUGUGGUCUGACACUGGAUACAGAUUCACUUUUGAACCGAAGAGGACUAGUCUCCGAAACCUCAUUCUCGGCUAGCCCAGUAGCAGACCCACCUUUGGCUGUCGGAGACUAGUCUACAUUCAUCGCAACACUUUCGAAGGUAUUGCUAUAUUUUUAGGAAAUACGAGGUCUCCAGUCUGUUUGGCCAGGGCAGUCGAUGCUGACCAAGAAACAAACGAUUGGAUAUCGGGGUCUAAACCUCUAUCGAACA